AUGACAAAAGGACUUCAGAGUGUCUUUGAUGUUUGUGGAACACAAGCUAAAGUAGUUAUUCGUGAUCGUAAUAAUACAAUUUUGAAAUAUAAUCUUUCUGGUAAUUUUGAAGGUGAACCAUUAAUUGCUACUGAUCAGCUAUCAGUAACAGUCACCAAUGACGAAUCAUUCAUUCAACAAUUCGAUCCAAAACGAUCAUUAUCAAUAUUUGAUGACAACAGGAGAAGUAAGAAUUUAGCUAACAAUGCUAAGCAGUGGCAAGUGGAACAAAGGUUCACUGAUCGUGCUCGUGAAUCUAUCAAAUCACACCAGCCAUUGCAUGAAAUUAACAGCUAUGAUCGUCAAGGUUAUUUCGACAUACCGACAUUAUUAACUGACAAAACUGAUAACCAAAUGUUAGUUAGUAUUGAUGAAACUCUUGAUAAAUCUUUUCAAAUUGCAACAGAUGAUGAAAGCAACAACCAGCUUUGA